AUGGAGGAAUCGAUAACAGUGACUGAAACCUGUUCCGAAGUUCAACUUCAAGCCCUGCUUGACCAUACAGCAUUGCGUUUGUACAAAUAUGUUGAAGAGGUGGUAAAAACGUGUUCAGAAGAAGAAAAGAAAAAUAUGGUUUUAUUAUCAAAAUGGGGUUGUGACGGAUCGCAACAGACCCAGUACAAACAAAAAUUUCAAAACAGCAAGGACAGUGACGCAAAUAUUUUCCAAACCUCAUUUGUUCCUUUAAGAUAA